GGAGGUCAGAUACGACGAGACAACAGCAGGAUGCAGCGCGACAAAACAAGCAAUGCCGGCGGGGCUGAAAAGCCUGACCGGGAGGCCGCCAUAAUGUCCAAAUACUACGAUGGAGUUGAAUUUCCCUUCUGUGACGAGUUCUCUAAAUAUGAAAAAAUGGCAAAAAUAGGACAAGGAACCUUUGGGGAGGUGUUCAAAGCAAAGCAUAGACAGACUGGGAAGAAGGUCGCACUGAAGAAAGUGCUGAUGGAGAAUGAGAAAGAGGGGUUUCCAAUCACAGCUCUGAGAGAGAUCAAGAUCCUGCAGCUGCUCAAACACGAAAACGUGGUCAAUCUGAUUGAGAUCUGCAGAACUAAAGCUACUCAGUUCAACAGAUACAAAGGCAGCAUAUACCUGGUGUUUGACUUCUGUGAGCACGACCUGGCCGGGCUGCUCAGUAACGCCAACGUCAAGUUCACCUUGGCAGAGAUCAAGAAGGUCAUGCAGAUGCUGCUCAAUGGACUGUACUACAUCCACAGAAACAAGAUCCUUCACAGAGACAUGAAGGCAGCCAACGUGCUCAUCACCAGAGACGGAGUCCUGAAGCUGGCUGAUUUUGGUUUGGCCCGAGCCUUCAGUCUGGCUAAAAACAGCCAGGGGAACCGCUACACCAACCGUGUGGUCACACUGUGGUACAGACCUCCAGAGCUGCUGCUCGGUGAGCGAGACUACGGCCCCCCCAUUGACCUGUGGGGAGCGGGCUGCAUCAUGGCGGAGAUGUGGACCAGAAGUCCCAUAAUGCAAGGCAAUACUGAGCAGCAUCAGCUCACUCUCAUCAGCCAGCUGUGUGGCUCCAUCACUGCUGAGGUGUGGCCUGGCGUGGAUAAGAAGUACGAGCUUUACCAGAAAAUGGAGCUGCCCAAAGGCCAAAAGAGGAAAGUGAAGGAUCGUCUCAAAGCCUACGUCAAAGACCCGUAUGCGCUGGAUCUCAUCGAUAAACUCCUUGUCUUGGAUCCGGCACAGCGCAUAGACAGCGACGACGCCCUCAACCACGACUUCUUCUGGUCCGACCCCAUGCCAUCAGACCUGAAGAACAUGCUCUCCACCCACAACACCUCCAUGUUUGAAUACCUGGCCCCGCCCAGACGGAGAGGCCACAUGCCGCAGCAGCAACCCAACCAGAACAGGAACCCCGCGACCACCAGUCAGACCGAGUUUGACCGAGUGUUUUAGUGGGUGGAGAAUGUUACGGACAGGAGUUUGACUUUUUGUCUCAUCAAAAAUAAAUAAUUUCUAACCGACCUGAUAACGAGGAAAGCUACACAUUCCUUUGAUGGUUGAGUUUUGGCGGAAUGACCUGGAGAUCUCUGUCUUGUUUUCACCAUUCUGUGUGAGUCUUCAGCAGAGGAGGCAGGUUAUUAAUGUUGACCAGGGACAGCACUGUAAUGUUCAAACUUAUACAGAGCCUUUUGCAGCAGAGUUAUGUUCCCACUUUGUGCUUUUUUCCCCCCAAGUGAUAAAGAAGAAUGUGAUGGUUAACUCUGUAGACUUGGCUCGGGUUUAUUCGCUCAGUCGCCUUGAUUAAACAAGGCUCUUUUGUUUUAAUUUUGUGAGUUUCACAUUUUAUUUUAUUUUUUUACUUUCACCCAUGAUUAUCACUGUUUUGUAUAAAACCAGCUCUCUUUAAAUGCUGUGCAGUUUACUAAGGGUUUUAUUUAUAUUAAGAAAGUGACAAACUGUUAUUUAGACCAUUUUACAAGGAUGCUACACACAUUGUUGAACAUGUGGACAUUCCCAAAAUAAAAUGGUCAUCACUCAGCUUGACUCAACAUUGA